AUGAUUAAUGAUCAAACUAAAACAAAUGGUUUUAUACUUAGUUCGGUUUCUCUUGGCUUUAAUAUAUUUGCAUGUUUAAUAUCAUGUAUAGUUUUUCUUAUUAUUAUAUAUCAUCUUUAUUAUAAUCAUGUCAAACGUGAAGAUAAAAUAACUGUUGUUCUUUGUGCUCAUAUAUAUCUAACAAUUUUAAUAUGUUCAUCAAUGUUAUCAUCAAUGAACAUUCGAUCAAUAUUGGGAUAUUUAUCUAGUGUAUUGCUUGGUAUGUUAUACUGGAAUUUUUUUAAUCAGGCAUUUUAUCGUCUAAUUCGAAUUGUUUAUUUUCAAAAUAGACGGCUUCAGUCUCUAAAAUUAUAUAUAGUUUUACCAUUUAUAGAAUUAAUAAUAGUAACAUGUAUUCUUCUAUGUAUUCUCAUACCUUUGAAUGGUGUUACAUAUUUACCAAAUGAUUACUUUUGUUAUCCAACAUUCACAAAUAUUCCUGCUAUUCUUUCAGUAGUAGUUACUGCUUACAUGUGUCCAUUUUGUUGUAUAUCAUUUAUUUAUAUCCAUAUAACAAGAUUUAUUCAUCGACAAAGAAAUAUUCAAACAUUAGUAGUCAAACAACGACAAGCUCGUGAUUUACUUAUUAUGCGACGUAUAUUAAUAAUUGUUAGUUUAUUACUUGUUCUUGGAAUACCUGCAAUGACUGUUAUAUUUAUGUUUAUAAUAACAGGUGAAGAGAAUCCAUUACUUGCUCGAAUUUCAUUGUUUCCAGGUAGCGUAUCUGGAGCAGGGUUGAGUGUAGCAUUACUUUUUUGUAUUCGACAACUAAAAAAUAUUGUUCUGAACUUACGAAGAACAAGCAUAGUGACACCUGUCAAUCAAACCAUACGAGGUACAAUACAAAUGAGAACGGUUGUUGUUACUCAAUAA